CUCUGGUCUGAUCCAGCAGGCUAGUUCUUAUGUUCUUAUGUUCUUAAGUACAUCCCAACCACAAGUGAACUGUCAAUCAUCCAUUUUAAGGCAAUAGAGCUCUUCCAGUUGCUGGGAGAAAGAGGCAGCCAGCUGCAGGGAGAAAGAAGCUUUGGCCUGCUGGGAGCUUUCCAGCCAGCGUGGUGUAGCAGUUAAAGUCUCAGACUAGGAUCUGGGAAACCCAGGUUUGAAUCCCUGUUCAUGGAAGCUUGCUGGGUGACCUUGGGCCAGUCACACACAGUCAGCCUAGCCCACCUCGCAGGAGUUUUGUUAGGAGAAAACGGGAGAGGAGAAUGAUACGAGUUGCUUUGAGUCUCCAAGUAAAUACAUUUGGUUGGCCUCUGUAUGAAACGAGAUGCUGGACUAGGUGGAUCAUUAGUCUGAUCCAGAAAGGCUCCUCUUGUGUUUGUGCAGCUCCAAAUUGUGGGGUAGCAGAACUAAUAAUAUUUAGGACCCGUGUUAUCAGAUUCCUUGCGUUUUUCCCCAGUCAGCUGUGAGAAUCUGUACGGCAAUGAGGAGUGAAAAGAAUCUCCAUCCAUUCUAAUGUGGGUAGAGACGGCUGCUCUCAGGUACGAGCUCUCCUCUGGCGUACGGCUCGACUCUCUGGCUCCUAUCUGCAAAGCUAUAACAGCUGCCAGAGCUCUUCCUCCUCUGGUUUUUUGCCAAAACUGUUCAGUUGUGCAAUCACAUAAAGCUGUCUUUGGAAAUCCCAUCCCGACCGAGCGAAUGAAAUGACUCACCGUGCGUGGAGCGUGGUUACAACACUGCAGAUUUGUACCAAGGCAAACCCACUCUCAUCUGCCCAGCUUCCACAAUCCGUAUAUAGCAUGUGCUUGGAGAAGCGUCCGAGGAAACUAAACAUCGUUAAGUGCAAAUGGUCUUGAAUGGCCCACCCAUUAGGAGGCCCAAAUAUGGGCUGGAAGUAAACUGCUACGAUCUUGGGGCCUUAGAAGGGCUUGCUGCUAUGCAGCGUUGGUGGCCACCUCUUGCACCCUCUCUCUCUCUGAAGGUGGCUGUUGCCUCCUUCCUUCCCCUACUGAAUAGACAAUCGGAGGUGCACCAAGCUGCUGAGCCCUAUUCAGUCCUAGAACCAACAGCUGCCACCCAGAGGAGAAGGCAGAUGAGCAAAGAGAGGUGGGUUCUGCUCGUAACUGUUGACAUUCACUUGUUUUCCUGCGUGGAUGAGCAACCAGCAAUGGUUGACUUAAGGCAGAGGUCCCCAACAUGGUGCCAGUGGGUGCCAUUGUGCCCAUCAAGUGUUUUUAGGAAGUGGGAGGUGCCAGGCAGGCUUUUUCCCAGCAAGGCCUCUGAUUGAAAUUUGAAUGGCUGCGCAGAGUUUUUAAAAUGUUUUACAGCAGCUGCAACCACAGCACACUGAAGUUAAGUGUGGUCACCAUUUUGUGGCUGGCCCAGCCUGCUGAGGCAGCCAUUUUGUAGCAGCCAUUUUGUUGGUGUGCCCAUCGUGCUGUGUCAGGAUUCCAAACGUGCCUGUGGGCUCCUCUGAUUUGGGGACCUCUGAUUUAAGGGAAUACGGGAAGCUGCCUGAGAUCAUCUGGUGCGUGACUGCUGCUUGGUCUACAACAGGAAGUGGAAGGGCUGCUAGGUGAUGUUGGACCUCAGCAUGCUGGCCAAGUGGAUUCAGGCUGCCACCUCUUCUUCUGGUUUGUGAUGGCAGCUAGGAACAAGGAGGACUGUUGGCCAGUGUUGGAUCCAGGUACACUGGAAGACUACCUGGUUGCAUCUAUAGCUCGGGCCAUGAUAGCAGUAGGUGAGAGGUGGUUGCUUGACAACAAACACAUUUUAUUUUUAUUUACAGCAAAUACUGUACAUUUACAGGACCUAUUUUGUCUAGAUCAAAAGUGAAGCUCGGAAAGAUAAAGGAUCCUUCCUAUGUGUCCCUUUUUUAAAUGAAGUUAGUCUCUUUGAAAUAGAUGUACCUCUUUCUAAAAUACUCAGAAACUAGACCGUAGCAAUUUGGAAAAUCAACGUAAUUUUACUGGGUUCCAUGCAAAAUGAGAUGUUUUCCUCUAAGUUCUUGGAUCAGUUUGGUAGCGAAAGAUGUGUCUUGCAUAGGCAUUGGUGGCUAGAAAUAGGUACAAAGCAAUAGAUGGAUGCGGGUUAUUGGCUACUGAAUGCAUCUCACCACCUCAGGAGGUGAAUUAUAGGAUCUAGGGCUGACAGAUCCAGGUUGCAAAACUCCUGGAGAUUUGGAGGUAGAGCUUGGGGAAGAUGGGGAACAUUGCGGAGUACAGUGCCAUAGAGGCAGACCACCAAAGCACCCAUUUUCUCCCGAGGAACUGAUUUCUGUGGUCUGGAGGCAAGCUGUAAUUCCAGGGGAUCCCCUGGUCCCACCUGGGGGCUGUAAUUCUUAUUAGACUGGCAGCUGGCCAGCCACCAAUAUGAGCAAGAGUCUACUGAACUUUGCAACCGGUCGACAAGCUAGAGCUUUGGGAUGGGGCUUGUUAACAGUUUGCUUUUGGGGAACUGAUACUGCUUGACAGGCAAGUGGUGUCCUCUGUUUUCCUACAGGGUUCUAGUAUAGCUGAACAGCUACCCCUCAAAACCGCAGUUCUCAAGGAUACUUUGUAAACAGCUCUAGAGGGAGAAUGACUAGCACAAAACAUACCACACUUUCCCAGUUCUACAUCCUCUGUUUCAAAUGCCUUGAUAUGGCAGUAAGAGCCAGAUAGAAGUUUUAAACCAGGUCUGAAAAAAUGGAGAGGCCAUUCACUAGUUGUGCUAAAGUAAUUAACGCUUACAUUAAGUGGUGGUAUCCAAAAGGGCUAAUGAAAAUGUUCAGCUCAGCACUAGCUUUUGUAUCUCAGAGCUCACUGCUUCUGAAGUAUCGGAAGACGUUGGCUCUAGUCCACAGAGGGUAAUCUGGGAUUUUAAAAAUGAGGAUGGAUUUAUAUCCUACUAUUCACGCCUGAAAGGAGUCUCCAAGCAGCAUACAAACUCCUUCUCUUCCUCUCUUCCCACAACAGACACCUUGUGAGGUAGGUAUGACUGAGAGAACUCUGACUAACCCAAGGUCACUCAGAAGACUUAAUGUGGAAGGCUGGGGAAUCAAACCCAGAACUCCAGAUUACAGUUUUCUUGUUUGAAACCACUACACCAUGCUGACUCUCAAGAACCAAAUCUUGAAGAUGCAUAAGACUCAUUUGUGUUUUGCUGCAACAGACCAAGCAAUCCUAAGCAAAUCUAUGCACAGUCCUACUCCAGUCUAUUUAGUUACGUGCAAGACAGUGUUCUCAGGUUGUACUGUAACACAACUUCACCUCUUAUGAGGGAGAUUAGGGAGACUGACUGGCCCCAAAUUCCUCAGGGAGCUCUGUGAAUGAGUGGGAAUUUGAACCCAGAAAGCUGACAGGAAGAGAGUAGGUUCCUUUGAAAUGUGAUGCUGGAGAAGAUCAUUAUGGAUGCUGUGGACUGCCAAAAAACCGAAUAACUGGGUACUAGAUCAAAUCAAGCCUGAAUUGACCCUUGAAGCUACAAUGACUGAAGCUAUUGUUCAUUGGACAAGACAAUAAUGCCAGGCAAGGUUGAAGGCAGCAGGAGAAGAGGAGGACCCAGCAUGAGAUGGACUGACUCCAUCAAGGAAAGCUUGGCCCUCAGUUUGCAAGACCUGUGCAAGGCUGAUAACGAUAGGACAUCCUGGACGACUUUGAUUCAUAGAGUUACCAUGAGCCUGAAGCAACUUUAUGGCAAUUAGCGCACGCACACACACACCCUAGUUGUAAUCCAACACUCUGAACCGCAAUUGGCAAGCCUUGCAGUACAGAGUCUCUCUCGACAGAUAUGACGUGUGUGGGGAUAUUUUUAAGUAAAGAAAACGGGGUUCUCUCAUCCAAAGGAAACACCCAGAAGCGCCGCCCCUGGAACUUCUCGCUGUGUGAGGAAGCGAGGAGCGCGGAAUAUUUUUGGCCUCUUGCCCAGAAUGUGAAGCAUCUGCCACAAAAGGCACAGAAGUUUCAGAUGGCUGAGGAGCCUUCAAGGCAGUGAGUCACUUACCUGAGAAUCUCACUCCCUCUUUCUCCACAGCUACUUCCUGUUCUUGCUCUUGGGAAAUGAAUGCCACAUUUCCCAGAAAGAUGCCUGGGGUUUCCCAGUGCUUAUUUUGUAGCCGGUUCUGUGGUGCUUCCAGAGUCUUCAUCUCUCUACGAAGGUACAUCUUGCUGCAUCCUUCUCACUUCUGGUUCCCUGGUCAAAGAGAUUGCUGCCAGAGACUCGCAGAGAUAUUAUCCACAACCUAAACUGCAACUUGUUUUUGAUGUCCUUCUUCCACUGUGGUUUGGCCAAAGUUUGGACUCAACGGAGAACUUCCAGCCUCUGGAGUCUGGAUACAUUAAAAGAACACCAUGACUACAGUUGUGAUGUCCAACGAUAGUGAAGAAAAAAACACUUCAGUCCUUAGCGUCCAUAAUCAAGAAUGCCAUGUGGACUCUGAGUUCAGAUAUACAUUGUUUACAGCCUACUACAGUAUCAUCUUCAUUCUGGGCUUUGUUUCAAACACCUAUGUCUUGUGGAUUUUCAGUCGAGUCUACGCUACCAAGAAAUUAAACGAAAUUAAAAUAUUCAUGAUCAACUUGACUACAGCCGAUCUGCUCUUCCUGGUCACGUUGCCAAUGUGGAUUGUAUACUACCAUCACAAGGGGGACUGGAUCAUGCCCAACUUUUUGUGUAACGUGGGUGGCUACUUGUUUUUUGUCAACACUUAUUGCUCGGUUGCCUUCUUGGGGGUCAUAACGUACAAUCGGUUCCAAGCAGUAACGAAGCCCAUCACGGCUGCUCAAUCCACCACACGAAGACGGGGCAUCUAUGUGACUCUAGCCAUCUGGGUCCUGAUAGCUGUCCCGGCCAUUUACUUCCUUGUGGACGACGGGACUACUGAUGAGGUGGUGAAGGGACGUUCCUUCAGACGGUGUUUUGAACGCUACGACACUACCGGUGACAUAAGUCCUGUCCUUGGCUUCCAUGUGGUCAUCUGUGUUUGCUUUUUCAUCACCUUCCUGGUGGUCUUGGUGUGCAAUGCAUUCAUUAUUCGGACGCUGUUGUCCCAACCAGUGCAGGCCCGGAAGAGCGCUCGCGUCAGGCAAAGGGCACUGUGGAUGGUGUGUACUGUUUUGGCUGUGUUCAUCAUUUGCUUUGUGCCCCACCAUGUCCUGGACCUGCCUUGGACCCUUAUGGUUCUUAAGGCAUGGAAGAUCAGCUGCCGAACGCAACAGAUGGUGAAUGACCUUCACCAGGUGACCUUGCUCCUCCUGGGUGCAAACUGUGUUCUGGAUCCAGUAAUCUACUGUUUCCUCACCAAGAAGUUUAGGAAGCACCUUUCUGAGAAUUUGAAAAACAUCAAAGACAGUCGCAAAUGUUCCAGGCAAACAACAGAGACAGGAGUGGAUGGCAUGGUCCCUCUGGAAAGCUGCAAACAGAACUCCAUUAAGCCAUAAAUAUCACUGCUACCCGCAGAGCAGCAGGUCUUCUGGUAUGCUUAUUCAGUCCCAAGCAUUAGGCUGGUAGGCAGUUACUCCUACGAGAUAUAUUCAAGUUAUUAGCUCUUCCCUAGAAGUAGCUACAAGAACUGUGGUACAUUUAGAACCAUUUAUGAGAUGUGCAGUGUCUCAAGAUCAAUGCAGGAUCCAUAGAGAACCUCCACCAAGUUGUCUAUUGCUGUUGUGAAAGGAAAAUGAGGAACAAGUCUGGCAUUUUUAAAAGAUGAGCAUUACGUUUGUGCUUUGGAUCAGUAUGCAGUGAUGGUACAUGAUUGAUAGUUAAUUACCCCAUUACAUCUGGAAGAUAUUGAAUUAAUAUCACUUUGGCCAUGAGGUUUAAGUUUUCAUCACCCACUCAGGAAUCUAAGAGCAGGGGACACUGUGGCAAAAAGGAAGCACUGCAUUCCUCACUGGCCACAGACUCCUGUUUUUUGAGAAUGCAUCAUUUGCAGAGGGCUUACUUGUAAGGUCCAUAAGAAUCUUCCUGGCCCAAAGUCAUCCAGUGAGAUUUGAAGCCUCAUCUCUCAGAUCCUACUUAAAGACUCACCACUUGCUGUAUACUGUGUAGAGAGGUGACUACCACUGCCAGCCCGGACUCAGUGCCCAACCUGCACUUGCCACACCACCAUGAACCUGCUACUCAGGAGAGGCUCCAGAUGCUGCCACUCCAAUGCCAAUGCAGGAAAUGGCAGUGGGAGAUCCCAUUGCCUGGGCCACAGCAGAUGACACCAGCCAACCCACUUGCAGCGGGGGUGGGGGUGCCAAGGAGCAUCCAAGGGGACAGGCAGGCCUCCCAGCUGAGGUGCAGCCCAACGCUGCGGCCUGCCAGCCACCGCCCCAAUUACUUACUCUUAAGGGGGCAGGCAGUACUCUUAAGGGGGCAGGCCAGUGGACCAACCUGCAGGGUGGCAGUGCUUGAUGGACAACCUGAGGACCAAUAGGGGCUUUGGCAACUGGCCCUACCCAGGAGUGAGAAGACAAGCGCAGGGGAUAAAAGGGCAGGAGGUGGAGGAGCUGGGGGAGAGAGAGAGAACAGAGGAAAAGAAGGAGAGGAGGGAGAAAAAGCUUUAGGGAGCAAGUAGGACAGUUUAGGCUGAGUAGAGAAGGAAAGGGGAGACCAGGGACUGGAGGCUCCAGACCCAACCCCAUCUCGUCACUGGCCUGCAGGUGUAGCCUUGGGCCUACCAGGCAUGAGCCUAGGAUCUGAAAGUACGGCCAAAAGACAACCACAGCCACAGUACGGGCACAAGACCACCCAUGAAGGGAAGGAGGGAUGGUUGGGCAGGGGGCACUCCACAUAUUGGUUGGCCAAUGAGAAGGGCAUGGGGUUCACCAAUGCAGGAGAACAGACUUAGUUAAUCAGCCAGACCUGGGUUCAGCAGUCCUACCAAUAGGGGCUUUCCCAUCUACAUUGUUAUUCUCAUAUAUGUUAUGUGUGCUUAAGACCACUUUUAUCUAAUUGUUAUGUACAUAGACUGCUUUGACAAGAAAUGUUGCUGCUAGGAAACACAGGCUCUCAGGAACUGGAGGGCAAAGUGGGGAGGGGGCCUUCAGUAAGAGGUGUCAGAAUAAGUAAUGCUUCCCGAUACUGGUGAAAUACAAUCACCAUCGCUCAAUUCUAAUAAAAAAAUGCAGCUCUUCCAGAUGUUUUCACAUCAUUUUCUGGAUACCCAGCUCUAUCACUGUCUUGAACCAGGGCUGCAGUUAAUUGCCCGUCACCGCUGGGAGUUUUGGAGGCCAUGCAAGGGACAGGAAUGACAUUGACACAUCACAUAUUGUAAUUUCUGUGCCAAACAUUUCUCCUACUGGCCUGGGUGCAAAGGAAGGUGGAAGACCUAAACUUAUAGGAGAUUGCUUGGCUGAACUGGGCAAGUGGUAAGUCUCGCCCUAGCUGCAUCCACGAGUAUGUGUACUUCAAAGUAACUCCUAUCGUGGAAAAAUUAUACUGAACUGAGUAGCACUUACCUCUGAAGGUAUGCACUUUGUAUUGGGUUGCAAGGGAAGCACAGAUAUUGUUUUAAUUUCUGCUGGAAAUGUUAGAAAACCUCUCCAAUAACUAGCUAUCCAUGCUUUGCUUUUUUAUAUCCUAAGCUUAGAAUAUGUAUUUAAGGUGAAGAUUGCAGACCCCCAUAGUUCUGUAAUACAAAAAGAAAAAAAACACAUCACAUGUUGUUGUUUUUUAAGGACCAAACAGUUAUAAAGUAGUGAGCAAGCUUACAAGAUCUUCAGAACUCUUCAUUGAUGUUCUAAGCACCACCCACGGGGGAGAAAGAUGUCUUGGUUCAUGAUAGAAAAGGCUCAAUGCUUUGGGCCUGCAAACUUAAAAUGAAGUUAUAGACUCUGAUUAAAACAGAUUUCAUGAGCUACAAUAUGCACCUGGGAUACAGAAGCCAAAAAGGCUGAAAUGUUGGGAAAUGUCCCAUUAAAAACAACACUUCUUUUCAAGAAAAAAUAUGGUGAAGACCUGGCUGCAAGGCUGAUCUAAGCUACUGGCCAGGGUGGGGAAUGCAUUAAGAUAGAACUGCUUGCGCUGUCUGAAAACUGCUUGCGUUGUCUAGAACUGCUUGCCUCCUGUUACAAUAUUUAUAAAGUACUAACAGUCUGCAGAGCAAAACUCAGCCUUGAUUUCCAGUUUGACAGGCACCAUUAGAGUUGGGACUCACCUCUGCACUGAGAAUUACUUGUAUUAGGGCACCUCUAAGUGUUCUAGGGCAAACAUGAUCUCUAUGGUUUCAACAGCACGCAGUAAAAGGAUGGAUGACACGCAGUGGUGGGAUUCAAAUAAUUUAACAACAGGUUGUUUAAAAGCACCAUUUUCACAACCGGUUCUGCCAAAGUGGUGCGAACCUGCUGAAUCCCACCACUGAUUACAUGCAUGUCUCCAUACAAUUGUGUAGCCACAGCUCCCAGUCACAUAUACAGAACGAUGCUCUGCCAUGGCGCAUCUUAUUUGACAGAAAAAAAAUUAGCCCUGUGAAGAACAGCUUUUAAGGUGGAUUUUGUUCUUGUUUCCAGCCAGUGUGGAUUCAAUUUAAAUCAAAUCAAUUUAAAAUCACUAUUUAAAUCAUUAUUCCGUCGGACUUGAUUUAAAUCAUGGUUUACUACACUCUUAACGGCUUGUUGCACAAAGAUUCUCAGAAUUGUGGAGUAUGCUGCUCAAAAGGUUUCACUUUCAUUUUUACUGCUUGCUCCCCUCUCCUCCCACUUAGCUCCUUGUAUAGUUCUAUU